AUGGAACAAGAUGUUAUAAAUUUGAAAAACCAUACUACUCAAUAUAAAGUACUGAAAGAUGAAGAGAUAAAACAAAAAGCCAUGAAGACAUAUAUGGAUAGCGAUGAGUAUAAAAAAGAAGUUGAAGCAAAUGUAAAGGCAGAAAAACUUUUACAGUUGCAAAACCAAACCGUACAGUAUGAAAACUUAGCACAAGAAAGUAAAAAUAACGACGCAGCCAUGCAAAAGGCAAUGAAAAGCGCAGAAUAUAUAAAAGCUAAUAAUGACUGGUUAGAUGCCCAAGCCAACGCUAAAGCAGCCCAACUUAUAGGGUCAAUAAGGACAAAAAUACAAGCGGAUGAAGACAGUUCAAAUGAAGCUUUAAUGAAUGCUGACUUUAAGAAUGCCUUCGAAGCUCUUCAUAGUAAGGUGAAACUAGUGAACGACUUCUCAUCUGGAAAGAAACUGAAGUCUGAAGGUUUCGACAAAGAGUUAAGAGAAGUAGCACAAAAUAUGACGAAAAUAACAGAUGCAGCAACGAGACAGGCAGUUCAAAGUGCCUAUGACGCCGUUAGAGCAACUGUUGUGGAAAGUCAAGAAAAAGAGUUACAACAGACCAAAACAGACCUAGUAAAUGCUUUCUUAAAAACGAAAAGUCAGGUAGGACAUUAUGCUGCAGAUGGAACAUAUGUGCCAGCUG